AUGUCGCAACCUCCUUUCUCUGCUCAGUCCAUCGCAGCACCCGCGCUAGGUGGUACCCAUCCCAUGACCACUGUCGACGUUCGAGUAAUUGAUACUCAGUGUCUUCUCCGACUCGAUCCCAAACUAUUCUGGCAACCAUCUCUGGACGGUUUUGACGGUCUUGACGCGCCAGUUUACUGCUUCCUCAUCACCCACAAGGACACUCAUAUGGUCUUUGAUUUGGGUGUACGAACGGAUUGGGAGAACUAUCCACCCAAUAUUGUAUCUCUGAUCAAAGCGACGACGCGUAUAACACCUGGAAAGGCUGUGGCUCACAUUCUCGACGAAAGCAGUGUUGUGCGUAGUGACAAUAUCGACACCGUUGUGUGGUCGCAUAACCACUUCGAUCAUAUCGGCGAUAUCGCAACUCUGCCACAAGCAGAAUUGAUCGUGGGUCCGGGUGUACGCGACACGUUGUUUCCCGGCUGGCCGAACAAUCCAGAUAGCCCUGUCAAGAACAGCGACAUGCAGGGGCGUUCAAUUCGUGAGAUUGUAUUCGACGGAAAACUCAAGAUUGGGGGGUUCGACGCCGUAGAUUUCUUCCAGGAUGGGUCAUUAUUCUUGCUGGAUGCGCCGGGUCAUGCGUUAGGCCACAUGUGUGCACUCGCGCGAACAACACCAGAUUCAUUCGUCUUCAUGGGUGCCGAUGCAUGUCAUCACCCUGGUUGCCUAAGGCCUACGAAGCAUCUCAACCUCCCAGAGUCGGUACUAGCUUCGUUGCAAGGCAAUUGUCCUGGAGAUAUUCUUCAAACGGUGAAAAGUUUUAGGAUGAGUUCAAGUUCGCCAGUAUUCACUGUGGCGGAGGGUCCGCUCUUUCCCGAUCGCGAGUCGGCUAUGAAAACAGUCGAAAAGAUCCACUGUCUUGACGCGAGCGAGGAGGUUUUUGUCAUCUUGGGACAUGAUAACUCUCUGAGAGCACGGAUACCAAUGUUUCCGGACAAGAUCAAUGACUGGAAGGCGAAGAAUCUACGGUCUGAAACAAGGUGGUGCUUUUACGAGGAUUUCAAGAAUGUGCGAUUCUCUUAA